CAGGCGCAUUGCCGCCUCCCGGGCCUCGGAGAAGCCAGCCCAGCCGCCGCCGCCGCCGCCGCCGCUGGGGCCGGGCCCCUCGCGCUGCCCCGGGAAGGAGGUCUCGGUGCGGAAGAUGGCCGGCGGCGUGGACGGCCCCAUCGGGAUCCCGUUCCCCGACCACAGCAGUGAUAUUCUGAGUGGGCUGAACGAGCAGCGGACGCAGGGGCUGCUCUGCGACGUGGUGAUCCUGGUGGAGGGCCGCGAGUUCCCCACACACCGCUCGGUGCUGGCCGCCUGCAGCCAGUACUUCAAGAAACUGUUCACGUCGGGCGCCGUGGUGGACCAGCAGAACGUGUACGAGAUCGACUUCGUGAGCGCCGAAGCACUCACCGCACUCAUGGACUUCGCCUAUACCGCCACGCUUACGGUGAGCACGGCUAAUGUGGGCGACAUCCUCAGUGCCGCUCGGCUGCUUGAGAUCCCGGCCGUGAGUCACGUGUGCGCCGACCUCCUGGACCGGCAGAUCCUGGCGGCCGAUGCAGGUGGCGACUCGGGCCAGCUCGACCUUGUGGACCAGGCGGACCAGCGCAACCUGCUGCGCGCCAAGGAGUACCUGGAGUUCUUCCAGAGCAACCCCAUGAAUAGCCUGCCCCCCACCGCCGCCGCCAACUUCCCCUGGUCCGCCUUUGGGGCAUCCGAUGACGACCUAGAUGCCACCAAAGAGGCCGUGGCGGCUGCUGUGGCCGCUGUGGCUGCGGGCGACUGCAACGGCUUGGACUUCUACGGGCCAGGCCCCCCAGCGGAGCGAGCCCCUGUGGGCGAUGGAGACGAAGGAGACAGCAACCCAGGUCUGUGGCCGGAGCAGGAUGAGGAUGCCCCGACCACUGCUGGCGGUCUCUUCCAGCCACCCGUGGCCCCGCCGGCCGCCACGCAGAAUGGCCACUAUGGCCGUGCGGGCGAAGAGGAAGCGGCCUCGCUGUCAGAGGCAGCACCCGAGCCCGGGGACUCACCAGGCUUCCUGUCGGGCGCGGCGGAGGGUGAGGAUGGGGAUGCGGGCGACGUGGACGGACUGGCGGCCAGCACGCUGCUGCAGCAGAUGAUGUCGUCUGUGGGCCGGGCGGGGGCACUGGCGGGCGGGGACAGCGACGAGGAGUCUCGGGCCGACGACAAGGGCGUCAUGGACUACUACCUGAAGUACUUCAGCGGCGCUCACGAGGGGGACGUGUACCCGGCGUGGUCGCAGAAGGGGGAGAAGAAGAUCCGAGCCAAGGCCUUCCAGAAGUGCCCCAUCUGUGAGAAGGUCAUCCAGGGUGCCGGCAAGCUGCCGCGCCACAUCCGCACGCACACAGGAGAGAAGCCGUACGAGUGCAACAUCUGCAAGGUCCGCUUCACCAGGCAGGACAAGCUGAAGGUGCACAUGCGGAAGCACACAGGUGAGAAGCCCUACCUGUGCCAGCAGUGCGGUGCCGCCUUCGCGCACAACUACGACCUGAAGAACCACAUGCGCGUGCACACGGGCCUGAGGCCCUACCAGUGCGACAGCUGCUGCAAGACCUUCGUGCGCUCCGACCACCUGCACAGGCACCUGAAGAAGGACGGUUGCAACGGGGUCCCUUCGCGCCGAGGCCGCAAGCCCCGUGUCCGGGGAGGGGCUCCCGACCCCACGCUGGGGACCGGCGUGCCACCCCCAGGAGCCCCCAGCUCCGCGCCCCCUGGCUCCCCUGACACCGCCACCGCUGCCGCCACCACCACCCGGCGCAAUGGCCAGGAGAAGCACUUUAAGGACCAAGAGGAGGACGAGGAGGCCACCAGCCCCGACGGCUCCUCGGGCCGGUUGAAUGUAGCGGGCGCCAGCGGUGGAGAUGACAGCGGAGGUGGCCCCGGGGCCACUGCCGACGGUAACUUCACAGCCGGACUCGCCUAAAAACCAAAAACAGAAACCCGAGACAGAGAGAGAGAGAGAGAGAGAGAGAGAGAACGGGAGAGCAAGAGAGAGCUAACCACCCACCACCCCCCAAAAAAACACAAAAAAAGAAACUCUAUCUAUAUGCAGAUCUCUAUAUCUAUCUAUAUAUAUACAGAUCUCUAUAUAUGAGCGUCACGGAUCUGGGAUAGUGCUUUUCUCCAAUCCUCCUCCUUCCUGACGCUUUUCUCCCUCUGCAGGGCCCCUCCCUCCCUGGCUCCUGUGUCCCCCUUCCCUGACCUCAUCUGGAUGUCGCUGACCGGGCUUCGGGGCUUGGCGGGGGGGGCUCUGUGGGGCACAAGGAUUCCGAGCCUCCCCCAACCCCUAAACCUGGGUGUCCAGAGUGGGGUCUGGAGCCCCAUCCCAGGUCUGGGCUGGGGUGAUGGUGGACUUGGGGGGAGUGCCGGGGAUUGGGGUGAGUUCUUUUCCCUUCCCCUGCUGGUUUCUAUGAGUCUUUCAGACAAGACCUUAAAAAUGAUUUCUGUCUGCUCUGAGCGGACAUUAAAAUGGCCCCUGUCCCCAACCCCACCCUUCUUCCUCAGGGCACUUAGCAAGGGGGGUCUCCCCGCCGAUUCCCCCGACGGCCUCCCGCCUCCACCCCGCCUGUGACCUGGCUCCUCUGCACCUCCUGGCUGCUGAGACACAAAUUAUUUAUUUCUAGGCCUGGAGGAAGGGGCCAGGACCGGGGGGCCCAGGGGGCCCCAGGGUGGCUCUAGGGCCUUCCACCCCCUUCCGUCACGGCACUUACAACUGGUGGGACCCCAGGGCCACCCUCAGGGCGCCCCCGCCCUCCCGGCCGCCUCCUAACCCGGGCCCCCAGGCCUCCACGUUUAGAGAGUCAAAGCUUCUUCUGUCUUGCCCCCUGACCCGAGCCCCUCCCUGACUUUUUAAAGCACUUUUUAGAUUUUUUUCUUUUCCUCCUUAAAAAAAUUUAUAUAUAGAUAUAUAUAGAUAUAUAUAUAUAUAAUAUUUCCUAGAGGAGCAGGCAACCGUGCGGGGUGACUCUGGCCAAGAUCGGAGGGGACCCAGGGUCUCAGGAAAGCAGGGACAGGAGAUUGAGCAGGAGAGUCCAGAUGUCCAAUGUCACAAAAGCAAUAAAAAAAAAAAUCAAAGAUUUUUACAAAAUGGAAAGGAAGAAAACAAAACAAAAAAUGACCGCAACCAACCACAUCAGAAGUCUUGGCACUUUGUAACAGAACGGGUACUUUAUCUUAAUUCUUAAUUUAAAACUAUGUUUACAAGUUGUAACCAACUUCUAUGAAAAGUUGAAAAGACAAAAAAAAAGAGAGAGAGCGAGAAAGCAAAAGAAAAUUCCUAAACGUCAAUUUAUUUUUGUACAAAAUAAUAAUAAAAAAACCCACCACAAAACGUAGAAUCCACGUCUGUUCCCCAAGGCCAAGGGAGGGGUGGACAGGAGGCCAUCGGAAGGGACCAGAGGGGCUCUCGGGGUCCCCCAAGUUGGUGCCAUGUCAGCCCCACCCUCCCCUCCUGUCCCUCUUUUUGGUCUCUGCACCUGCCUGGCAGCCACCUCUUUUCAUGGCACCUUCUUCCUCUUUGCCCAGCUCAGGGAUGGGCCCAAGACAGGACUGGCUUCCCAACCAGCCGGACCAACCCGCCUGCCCCGUGUCCACCGUCCCUGCCCUCCAACAUGGCUGUCCUCCUGUGUGGCCACCAAGGGGCCGCCAUAUUGGAUGUGCUGCAUCCCCUCCAAGUUCCUCCCCAAGGGCUGACAGGACAGGGGUCCCCUCCUCCAGGGCCUUAUACUUCCCUCACCAGGCACCCUCUUUUUACUCAAAGGCACUGACUGUAACCCGGGGACUGGCACCUGCUUCCCCCCAACCUCUGGCCCCCAAAAGGCCCGAAGCACACCGGGUCACAGGCCACGGACAUGGCCUGGGGUUGGGGAGAUGUCGCUGCCAGAUGCCAGGACACCCCACCCCAACCCUAUCCUGCCAACGCAGAGCCCAGUGUGGGACCUUAUAAAUAGAUGCUCUGCUGAACUGAGACCCCCUCUUCCUGUCGAGGCCCAGUGGGCAUGGAGGGGUGUCCCUGCGUGUCCCCACUCCUGUCCCCUCCCCCAGCACCCUGUGACAAACGUCUUGCUUUUGUUUUUGAAGGGAAGUUUUUUCAGAAGGCCAUUUUUGAUAUUGUUUCUACUGGAGAGUUUCUGUUUCUUUCCUUCCCCUUCUUCCCAACCCAUCAGCUCCCCCAGAUGUCUCAGGAUUCCCUUCUAGGGCCCACAGAACGGCCAGGGCCAUGGCUGGGUGGUGCCAGCCGUGACUGUACCCAUGUCACCAGGCGAGCUGUUUCGCAGAAGUAACUGUGGAGGGUGAGCAGAGAACCCCAGUAACCCAGCCAGGGAGCUCGGCCCCGUCUCUCAGAGAGGUCCUCCAAGGGGUGAGUUCUCUUUCCCCUACACACCCUCUUCGCAAUAAAACCAACUCGCAAAUCAUAGAUGUCAUUUUGGCCAGUGGAGGCCACCAGAUUUGUGGGACAGUCCAUGGGGACUCUGGUAGGAAAGGGGGCCGUGGCCUGUCAGCAACACUUUAACACAAACCUCGGGAAUUGCACUAAACCCCCAGCCCCAGCUCCACACUAGCUUCCAGCUCCCCUGCCUGUCCACUCUGCCUUAACCGCCAGCCAGUCCUGGGGGCCGCAGUGUCUGCAUGGGCCCAGAGCCGGGACCCCCCAACCCUCCAGCCCAGCCCCAGCCCCAACUCCUUGCAAUCACAUACUGUAUAUAGACGUGGAUCGAUUUUAUUUUUAUUCUUUAAAUUAAGGUCGUGAUAAAGUGUUGCCAAAGAUACUGCUGAAUUUUUCGAGUUUCAGGAAAAGAUUGAGGAGGGGUCGGGUUUAUUUGUCUGGGAGGAUGCUGCAGAAAGGGUUUUUGGGUUUUUUGUUUUGUUUCGUUUGGUUGUUUGGGUUUUUUUGUUUUGUGUUGUUUUUUUUUUUUUUAACUGCCUGGUACAAAACAAAAAAAAGAAAAAAAGAAAAAGUGAAAUUGUUAUUUCCAUCCUCAUGGUGAUGUUGCUUGGAUGACUUUGUGUGCGAGUGUGUGUGACAGCGCAAGAGGUCCAGGCUGGGGCGCUCCAGGCAGGGGUCCCCGGAGUUGGUGGAGGGAGCGUGGCCAGAGACCCUGGCCUGGUGCCCCCCAGCCUGCGGGGACCCCUGAGAGAAAGGAACAUCCUCCUCCAGAUGCCGCUCCUUGCCUCCCCCACCCUGCCUUCUGAGAUUAAGGGGGGAAAAAAGGAAAAACAUAAAAAUGAAAAAAAAAUUUAAACCAGUGAAUGUAAAAUGCCAGACCAGGCCCAGCCGGGCACAGGUGGGGUCCUGCGCCCUGCCAGGCUGCGGUGGGUGAUACCAAAGUCGGCUCAGCCACGUGGCCAUCGAGUUUUGUCACCACAGUACCUGGUCGUCCCUUUGCUUCCUUCUGGGGGCUCCUCCUGUGGUAAAGGGGGGUCCUCUGCUCUUUCCUGGAGGCAGGUGGAUGGGCAGGGAGACUCUUAGGCCCCAGGGGCUAUGGCAGGCAUAGUAGCCACAUGGGGUUGAGGCAGGGGUCACCCCUACCUCCAGGAUGGACCCAGUCCAGGCAGCCGAAAUUACUGGAGGUGAGAAAGACUGAAAGGAAAAAAAAAAAAAAGUAAAAAAAAAAAAAAAAGAAUGAAAAAAAAAAAAAAAAAAAAGAAAAAGUCCUAUUUUUUGACAAAAAAAGAUAAUUAUAUUUACAGUUUUAUUUUAAAAAGUUAUUUAAGCUGAGGAAACGGCCUUCCCAGAGGUGGGGUGGGGGGCUGGUGCAGGACGGGUCAGGGGCCUGGGGGCUCAGCCACAGGCCACAAUCUCAGAGUACAGAUGGCUUGCACUAAAUGCAGAGAUUUACAUUGGGGGCCUGGGGGGCAGCAGGGCCAGGAGGCAAGGGGCUGGGGCUGCCCAGAGCUUUGUGUGGGAAUCCCAAUGCCCAGGUGCCCCUGUCCCGACCAGGCCCAGACAUGAGGUGCCUUGGACUGUGGGGGCCGGGCCGGGCCUGGUGAGUGGGGCGCGGGGCGGUACCCAGGGGUACACAGCACAGCACAGAGCAGACAUUCCAUAGACUGUAUUUGAGAGUCUUUAUAAUAAAGUGUGGGAGAUUUAAAAAAUUCAAUUGAUAAAAAUGCACUUUUUGGGGGUGGGGGGAGAUGCUUUAAAAGUAAUAAAAAACAGACAAAGAAAAAACAUUUUUCUUGUACAUAAAAAAAAAAAAGAAAAAAACCACUAAACGCAGCCUGUUAAGACCGCUGCUGCCUCGUUGCUUGA